UAUGCUGUUUUUCUUCAACACCAGAGUACCAAGCCCAUCUGUCUUUCCCCAUGACCUGACUCAGCAUAAAGGCCCACUUCAGAUAACAGAAGAAGUUUUUUUCUUUUUUUCUUUUUUUUUACACGUGGUCACACACUCAGCUUAUGUAGUCCCACUUAUUCAGGCAGCUACUCAGUCGGACAUGGCUUUGUUGUCCGUCCUCACACCCGUCCUCGCGUUGGUCCUUUGCAUGGUGGCAGGCUUUCUGUUUCUGAAAUCUCGUGCACCGCAAUCCAACCUGAAAGAAGGGGGACAAGGUAAGGGGCCCUCAAAAAGUGGCUUCAGACCCUGGGUGGAUCAGGACUUGCAGGAUGACACAAUAUUAGCAGAAGGAGGAGGAGAUGAAGAUGAAUGGGUGGAAAACGACGAAGAGAAGGAACUAGCGCAUGUGCCCUAUUCACCCCAACGAUACCCAGAGGAGGCCAUGCUGCAGAGGUCCAGUGAUUUUUACUGCCUGAUGAACCAGCGGAGAUCUGUCCGAUUCAUAAGCCCUGAACCAGUCCCAAGAGAAGUCAUCAAUAAUGUCAUCCUCACUGCAGGGACGGCGCCAAGUGGAGCUCACACAGAGCCCUGGACAUUUGUUGUUGUGUCUGAUCCAGAGACAAAGCACCAGAUCAGGCUGAUUGUUGAGGAAGAGGAGGAGGUGAACUACCGCCAGAGGAUGGGAGAUAAGUGGGUCCAUGAUUUGGCCCCAUUAAGAACAAACUGGAUUAAAGAAUACUUGGAUGUUGCUCCAUACCUGAUCCUCAUUUUUAAACAGGCUUAUGGGAUUCUACCAAAUGGCAAAAAGAAGACCCACUAUUACAAUGAAAUCAGUGUCUCCAUAUCCUGUGGGAUCCUUCUUGCAGCUUUACAGAAUGUAGGCCUUGUUACCGUCACAUCCACACCCCUGAACUGCGGCCCACAGCUCAGGCUCCUCCUCAAACGACCAGCCAAUGAGAAGCUGCUGAUGCUGCUUCCUGUGGGUUAUCCAGCUGCUGACGCUACGGUGCCGGACUUGAAACGGAAACAUCUGGAGGAUAUCCUGGUGGCCAUCUGAACUAAUUAGUAACAUCUGUAAAAGUGUAUCAGUUUCUUAAAUAUAAAAUUUGUUAAUCUAAAUUAUAUUGACAGCUCAAGAGAAAAUUGAUGCUUUUUUUAGUAGUUGCUGUUGAUGGUUCUGUUUGGCGAACAAUGUUUUUUGCUCUUUUUAAACAUUAUAAAUCAUGGGUAUUCAGUAAUAAGAUGGAAUAAUGUCCAAAGUAGCUGCUGCAUGGCUGUUUUCUCAAUGUGUCUCUCUUGGACAUGAGUUAUUAAUGCAAUGUGAACCUGUCCUUUAAAAUAUUUACAUUGUUUAGCUCCUUUUUGCUUUGCAAAAAAAUAACAUUUUUUUUUCUAAACACAAUAUUUUAGAUACUCAAUGCUAUAAUUAUAAAACCUAUAGAUCUGUUUUCUACCACUUGUCUAUCAGGCCAGGAUUCCAAACCCGGUGACUUCUUGCUGAAGGGUACCAGUACUGCAAACUCCACCAUGCAAAAAUGUAUAUUUUAUUUUCUAUUUACAAUCAGUCAAAAGGCCAAAAUCACAAACACACUAAUUCCAUUAUUAACACAAACACACCUAAUGGGACAAUUGGAGGGGUCAAUUACUCUGGCAUAUAUAUCUAGAUUCUGAAGGGAUACAACUUGUUGAUUAUGUUAUUAACUACAAGUUAAUAACAUAAUACACUGAAAAAAUAAUGCAACUGCUUUUGAUACUUAAUCAUAUUUAGUUACUUUAACACAAUUAUUUCACGUUAGCAGGGUAGGACAUAAAAAGUUUUGUGUUAACGUAACUAGAUAUGAUUAAGUAAAUGCCAAAAGCAGUUGCAACAUUUUUUAGUGUAUAAGCACAAUUGCCAUCAGACUUUAAGAUAUACAGUUAUAUGGUGCUGAGGGGAACAGUGAAAGAUGAUCUAAUGUAAUAAUUAGCACAUGGCAUUUUUCACUUUCAUGUGUGAUUGUGCAACUUUCGGCUGUCUCCAACACAAAAUGUUGAUUUUAUGCAUGUUACAUUUCAGGUAGGUGACAUGCAGCAUGACAGCUUAGACUUAUGUUAGUUAAAUAAAAAAGAAAAGCCAAAUAAAGAUACGAGAAAGCAAUGCAUAUGGAACACUUGGGCAUAUUUGAACUCUUUUUUUUUUCUUGCUAUAAAUAUGCAGUCAUCAAAAGCACGUAAAAAAAAAGAAUCAGAGUUGGGCACCAUAUAUUUGCUUAUGAAGCACGACACUGAAUGAAAUAUUGCGACUAUAAAGACAUUUUGUUAAUUUUUGGUUCAAAAUAGUACGGUUGAACAGCUUUGAUAGUUUUUUGGAAGCUAAAUGAAUUAAGUUUUGUAAACCACACCUUUCCUGUAGUAGAAACUUAAAUUAUGAACCAAAAAGGGCAAAAAGCGCUUGUACUUCUUGCGGAGGAUGAGUAGAGCCCACCUGCCCCCACAUAUCCUCACCACCUUCUACAGAAGCACCAUAGAAAGCGUUCUGACCAGCUGUCUCACUGUGUGGAGUUUAGACACUAAACUAGCUCUCUUGUUUUAAUCACUUUCUGCUCUUCCUUUAAUGAAAUAGCAUCACCUGGGACCCCUCAGGCACAUAAAAAGUUGCCUGAUUCUGUCAUUUUCCAUCUACUGACCCUCCCAAACAACUCACAUAUUUGUCAGUAAAGCUAAGUGCUCCCACAUCUCUCUUUCUUCAUGGUGCCCAUCUACAUUAAGAUCCAGAAUUCUGAGAUUAAAGUCAGAAUUUUGAGAAAAAAAGUCAAAAUUUUGAGAUUAAAGUAUUUUUUCUCAUAAUGUCUAAAAAUCAGUUAACUUUUUAUUUAUUUUAUUUUUUUUAGUGGCCCUUUUACUCUUCCAUACUGCCGGUCAAAAUGGGAGACAGCUAUAUAUUUGACAUGUAGGUUCACAUCCAGGCCGUUAUGGUCUGUAUUUAAACAGGAGAACCAGCUUUUAAAUCUUUCCUUGGAAAAAAUUCAGAAAUCAAAAGCAAAAGGUUUGUCAUAUCCCCUCUUUGUUUUUUUUUUCAGCCCUCCCUCGAUACAAAUUAAAGAAUAAUGCUUACUUGGCUUUUUUUUGUGUGUGUUAUGUAUUUUUUUUAAUUAUUUUUACGUAUUCAUUUAUCUUUCAUUACAAUUCUGUUAUAUUCGACGUAUGUAAUCAUAGAUAUCCUUGAUUUUCGAUUUUUUUUCUCUCUCUCUUUUUAAAGUGUAUGGCAUAAACUUAACAUCUGUUUACCUCGCAACUUGAAAGAAAAGAAAAAAUAUCAAGAAAAGUGUUAGGAGGUAUGAUUGACUAUAUGUUGUGCUUAUUAUACUUUAUUGAUUGAGUUUGUCAUUGUUACUGUUCCAAAUAAAGUUAUUUAAAAAAAAAGGAAAAGAAAAGAAAAAAAGGUU